AGGAAACGCCAUACAAUUGGGAUUUUCUCUAGAUCGGCAGAAAGUGAUUACGAUUGGUUACAAAGGUCCCUCAAAACAGAAUUCAGUGAUUUGGUGGCAGAUGUAGGACUCUAUUACAUCUCUAACAAUGGACGGCGGCAGUUCUGGGACAAUGUCUCUCAGUGCACAUUUGGGAUCCUGUAUCACACUAUGAGGAGAGGGAGGCUGAAUAUCACCGAUGUGACUGACUCUCUGUAUGAUGAAGAGCUGCAAUAUAUGGCUGGUGUUCUAGGGAAGAAGAAUGUGAUUGUGGUUGCUGAUGACCUGGAAGACAGUAGCACGGUACAGAAAGACAGAAUCCUAGUACAACAGCGCAGUAUUGGGGAAUACGCCUGCGAUCUGGUGCUACUCACACAAGCAGAUAAGGGAGACAAUGUCCGACUGGAGGGAAAGCUGGGGAACAUUAGAUCUGCUCUACAAGUCACAAGUCCUUAUGUGCAGCCAACUGAGAGAGAGGAUGAAGAUAAUCAGUUGAUAAGAACUUGGGAAAUGCUUUAUAAAAUGUCAUGUGCUUCUACUAGUGCUAUAAAAACACGUUUCAAGCAGGAAAAAUCCAUUAGUAUUGAUAAAGAGCUUGGCACUGGAGUUGGCCAAAUAGUUCAGAAAACUGGGAGGGAGAAUGUGAUUGUGGUUGCUGAUGGUAUAGAGGGCAGGUUCCCCACAGAGCACAAUAUUGGGCAAUACGCCUGUGACCUGGUGCUCCUCACACAAGCAGAUAAGGGAGACCAAGGCCGGCUGAGCGAGAUGCUGGGGAACAUCAAGCAAAGAAUAAACACAGCAACAAAGCUCAAAAUCAACAGCAAUUACAACAUAAAGGAGAGAAAAACAAAUUUCCCAGAGCCUGGAUAUCAGCAAGGCGCAAAUGUGAAUAACAGAGAACUGGCUCCCUGUAUGGCUGAACAACACAGAAGAAAUGAGAAAGCUGCUGGGAGUGGGACACAGGGUCAGAGGCGACUUAGUGUACAACAGCAAACAUCUCACAAGCAAGAUGGCAACCAGAGAAAAAGUUCCUGGACAGCAAAACUAUGGAACAGUUGGGGCAGCUUUAGCAGUGAAAUAGUGCAACCAACUAAAGAGAAGCAGAAGGUCGGGAUAUUCUCCAGAUCAGCAGAAGAUGAUUACCGGUGGCUGCACAGGUUCCUUAUAUCAGAGUUUAGCGGCCAUGUUGAGGAGGUCAGACCCUGUCACAUCUCUAACAGUGGGAGGAGUCAGUUCUGGGAGGAGGUGUCUCGCUGCUCGGUCGGGAUCCUGUAUCACACCAAGAACAGAGGGAGGAUUAAUGUCACUGAUGUGCCGGGCUCUCUGUAUGAUGAGGAGCUGGAGUAUUUAGCCAAUCAGCUGGGGAAGGACCGAGUCCUGGUGGUGGUGGAUGACCUGGAAGACAGUGGCCCUGAGGAGAAGCAAAGGAUUCUGGGGAGCCAAGGAAGCAUUGGGAAAUGGGCCAGUGACCUCAUUCUCAUCAGCACCAAUGAGAAGAAACAUAUUAACUCCACAAACUCAAUGUUUAAACUGCGCAAUAAUUUUAAUAGAAUAACACAGAUUUAAUUUGUUGCUACUUAUUCCUCCCAGUGUUCAAAAGGCAGGACAUUUAAGGCCACACCCCCACUCUAUUGAAUCCAUAACCAGUUUGUAAAAUGGCCUCCCUUUUCAUCCCCCACACCUCACUCACUUUUCACCUACAUAUAUGUCCUGGGAAAUAAGGGAGAUAAUUGCUAUUAAACAUAAUGUAUCUGUAUGUGUUUUAGCUAUGGAAAUGCCAUGAUUAGAUUUAUGUUUUUCAUAGAAACAGAUUUGCACCUUUACUCUGAAUAUUAAGUAAAAGCAGUGAGAACAUACUCCCUGGGCCUGACCAACUGUGUUGGCUUGUGUUUGCUCAUUGUUUGGCAUGUUAAAGGAGAACGAAAAAGUUUAAAAUUUGAAAAUCAUUAGAAAUGCUGUAUUUUGUAUACUGAACAUAGAUAUACACAUUAUGAACUUACUGCACAAGCCCAGGGAUUGAGAGGUCUAAUUAAAGUAAUAAUUUAUGCUUUCAAA